CACUUUUCCCGCACGCCGCUUCCUGCACUAUCUCUCGAACGCAUCACGCGUCGCCGCGCCUGCACAACAAUCUCCUCCUGCUCCUGUGUUUGCGUGCUUGCUACUACAACAACUGUCAGUCGCUUUACAUCGCGCCUGUGCAAUCACUUCGACCCACCACCGACGCUCCGAGCGCCCGUCGCCCCCGCCAAUCGUACCCAACUUCACCAACUUUCCUCAGACACGCCGCCCAUACGCCUUUGUCCAGGGACAUAACACGAGUACCCUUAGCGUGCCAGGCGGGCAGCUGGCUGCAGGAUGGCAAACGACGCAGAUAUCGCCACCUUCACGGCUUUCACGUCCGGAACGCCCGAACAAGCCCAGCGGUUCCUUCAACUCACAGACAACAACGUUGAGCAGGCCGUCGAGCUCUUCUUCAGCAAUCCUGAUCUCGGCAGUGGCAGCGGAGCAGACGUGAAUGCCUCAGCACCCACCACGGCCAGAGACGACCCCAUCACAAUCGACAGCGACGACGAGGAUGAGCCCAGACCGCAGCACAACGUCGAGGACGAUGAAGCCAUGGCGAGGCGACUGCAAGAAGAGAUGUACGGCGGGCCCGGCGGCAGCAGUAGAGGUGGCGAAGACGAAGUGAGAGCACCCAUUGCGCGGACGACAGAAACGCUGGUGGGGCCCGGCAGCUACGGCGGCUUUGACCCCAGCGAUCCGGGCCAGAUGAAUGCGGCUAUUGCUGAACAACUCAUGCGGCGGAAUCAGAUGCGUGGCUCUCGUGCAGCGCCGGGCAUUUUCAACCAAAGCGAAUCGCGAUCCAUCUGGAGCGGUGACGACCCUACAGAUCCAGAGGCGCAUCGCAGAGCACUCUCACGCGCAACAGGAGGUUCAUCAGAUCAGUCCGCCAAGGCAAGCCACCUCGCCGACCUCUUCAGGCCGCCGGUAGAUCUGAUUACACCGCUGUCGCUCGCUGAUGCGCGAGACGAGGGCAAGGAGGCUGAGAAGUGGAUCCUGGUUAACGUGCAAGAUCCCUCCAUCUUCGAUUGUCAGGUGCUGAAUCGAGACAUUUGGAAGAACGAGCAGAUUCGAGAGACGAUCAAGGAGCACUUUUUGUUUCUGCAGUACAGCAAGGACGACCCACGAGGAAGCGAUUACGUGAACUACUACUUUUCGAACAGCCGCGACAACGAGGCCGCAUACCCACACAUUGCCAUCAUCGAUCCGCGAACAGGCGAGCAGGUCAAGACGUGGUCCGGAUCACCAGCACCCAAAGCCCCUGACUUCCUCAUGGAUCUGCACGAAUUCCUCGACCGGUACAGUCUGAAGAUGAACAUGAAGAACCCAGUGCAGACAAAGCGCAAGGAGUCUAAGAAGGACAUCAGCCAAAUGAGCGAGGAAGAGCAGCUCGAGUUGGCCAUGCAAGCCAGCAUGGGUGCUGGUAGCGCCGCACCGAAAGAUGAGGAUCCCGACAUUUUGACGAAGAGCUCGGCGAAUGGCAAGGGUAAGGCACCUGUUGUGGACGAUAGCAGUAUGGACGUGGACGAGGAGGCACCAGCACAGGAGGACACACCAUUCUCAAGAAUCUCAGCCACCAGUCCACACGAAGAGCCCACGAGUACCGAUCCAAAGGAGACAACGAGGAUACAGUUCAGACACUCUGGUGGUCGCAUCAUCAGACGGUUCAACCUCUCCGAUCCGGUGAGGAGGAUCUAUGAGUGGCUGAAGGCUAGCCCGAUCGAGGGCCAGGAGGGAGACACAUUCGAGCUGAUCAGUCUGGGCAAAAACUUGAUAGAUCAGCUGGACCUCUCCAUUGCCGAUGCUGGGCUUAAGCAAGGCACAGUUAUGGUGGAGUAAAGAGGCGCCGCUGUGGUGUUCCAAGAAGGAAGCAUACAGCCAAGGGCAGCGUUGGAGAUAUGACAGUGGUAUACAGUAGAGUAUAGCGCCAGAGUCUGUCUAAUAGAAAUUCUGCACGGGCACAAUCUGCCACGAAUCUUGCCUAUCUUUUUGAAGUUUCUCUUUCUGUUUUUGAAUUGUUACUUCCAUGGGGUGCGAGACCGCUGUGGUUACGGCUGAGAAUCACUUGCCUUGCUCGGAAAUAUUAUCACUGCCAGAAAGG